ACAAGUGCGUGUGAUUUAUGGUGUGUUGAUUUGAUGUUUGUGUUAUUGUUUACAACAGUCUACGCAGUAUUUACUACUGUCAGUUGUCAGAGAUAUAUCGAAGCUGUGGAAUCGUAGACAAAAGUUAGAUGUCAGCAGUGCUCUUGGAGCUAAAUACAGACUCCACCCUACAUGGUCGAACCCAAGCAGCCGGAUCCAACAAAUAUUGACAGCCCUGAGAAGGAGUGCAGUAUUGCUAUUCAUUCACAGACACAACACGAUGACGCUCGGGAUGCUCCCAUCGUUAAGUACAUGUUGACCUUCUUAGGACACUAGUACAGAGCCAGAAGUGUAUUUGGAAUGAGCAUGCACACUUCUUGACACACACGCCGUGAAACUUGUCCACUCGCCAUACAAAGUCAUGCACAUACAAACAGAUCCAGUUACAUGGCCGACAGCAUCAAUCAAAGCACUGUAGCAAUCUACCUACUUUGCAUGCGUAAAGAUGAGUACAUAAUUUGAUCCAUCGACGUUCCUGUGGUCGGUCGUCGUUGGCACCAGGAUGGCUUCAUUCUGCGGACAUUUGUCAGUGUUUAUACCCAUUUGUCUGCAGUGGUUGGCAUGGGUCGUAACGGCUCAGCAGAAAAAUAUUCCAGUUUGGACAUGGUUGGAUGGCUCAAUGCUCGUCAAUCAAUCAAGCACGCUGACACGUCACACAACGGGGAAGCAGUACCCAGGCAGCAGGGUCGACAGUGCUGUAUGGACGGAUACCGACACUGGGGUAAUGUGGAUGUUCGGUGGGAGGGUGGGGAGUGGAUCGCCCGCUCUGAAUGAGCUAUGGAGGUACUCCAUGUCGUCAGGGGAUUGGACGAACGUCAGACAUGAUCGGGAACAUAAAUGGCCGCAGUCUCGCUAUGCCGCUGCUGUAUGCGGAGUGCCGGGUUCCUUUCUUGUGGUUCAUGGAGGAGCGGAAUCAGCAGUGAAUCACUUAAGCGACACGUGGUUGUAUCAUCUGCAUAAUGAGUCGUGGACAUUAUUGCAGGAGAGCUUCGACCCAGGCGCUCAAACCAAGAGACUGCAUUGGUGUACGCGGAAAGCGUUGUGGUUGCUGACCUUGAAAGAAACAACUAUUGAUCCAAACACUAUGUGGAGGUAUUCACUCAUGAACUACGAGUGGGAACAAGUCAGUGCUGACUUUGAUGAUGUUCUAAGUAGACAAACUCAUGUAGUUGGACAGAGAUACGGGUCGACCACUUGGGUAGUGAACGACACCGAGUUAUACCUUUUAGGAGCGAGACCCUCUGAUAGCGGACAUAAUGAAGAGGAGAGAUGUCAGGGGAAGAAACAGGAGUGCGCCCUCUGGAGAUUCUCAACCGUUUCAAAUAAGUGGAGGCGGGUUAGCUUUAAUUAUACGAACACAAAAGCAGGGGAGGUUGUCGACAGUGAUUUGAUCGAGUUUAACGCGACACCAGGCUGCCCUGCCAAAGAGGCCUCUUGGCAAGACACAGACGGCAACCUGUGGCUGCAGGAUAGCUCCGCAGGUAUGGACACCUGCGAGAAAAAACCGCAUGCAAGAUCAGACUUAUGGAUGUUUGAUCUACAACACAACAGGUGGGAACAUUUCAAGAGCCUACUGUCACCUCAGUACCAACUCGGUUAUGAAAUCAUCGAGGGGACGAGUGAUGUUCGCAACCACCCCGCCCCACGUGCCUACUGUGCCAGCUGGUCCUGGAACAACACUUAUUAUUUAUUCGGCGGGCUCGCGAGAAACGGGAGCAAUGGCGCCCUCAAUGAUCUGUGGAGUUUCCAGUUGGUCGGCGUGGACAGCCUUGAGGGAAGACCAACUAGUACGAUGGCCAUCUCACCCGUUGGUGUCUUUUUCCUCUCACUCGGUGCCCUAUGUUUCUUAGCCUUGCUUGUAUUCAGUAUAAUAUUCUUUUCAAAAUGUUCCACGGGGCCGAGGUUGAAACCGCCCAAUCAUUUUGGCGAUAAGAUUCGAUAUUCUCCUGUUGAGACUGAUGAGGUGUUUAUCACAUAGCGCUUCACACAAAGUACUCAAGACGGUCCGCUGCAUAUCUGACAGCAGUCAGGCCUCGAAAUAAACCCACGGCACCCACAGCAAUUGCUGUAGUGCCCUGUGCUUUUGCUGUGGUGCACUUUGCAAAGUUUCCUCGUAGAAGUGCCCCUUGCUAGAGGAAAAUUGCGGUGCCCCUUCAGGGCCGAAAUUCAAGAUCUGUGCAGUGAUAGGUCUUGAGACUGGUCUCGGUAUCUCAAGACCAGUUUUGCCGGUCUCCGGUCUGGUACCUUUAUGGUCUUGGUCUCUGCUCGACCAUCUGGGUCUCGGUCUUGGUCUUGGACCUUCAGGUCUCAGCCUCUUGGAUUAUCGGGUCUCGAGUACUACACUGAAUUAUAAUGCUCUCAUAACUGCCAUUGUUCAGAAAUUUCUUAAGCCCGAGAUACAGUCGACUCUCGUUAUGACAGGAUUAAUGUUUUAAAGAGGACGCAAAACAAAAAUACAGGCUUAGAAUUUUCAUCUUUGAAAGGGCAAAUUUUUCAUUAGCAAAUCUUUAAAGGCA